GUUACCACGGAGACAGAGGGAGGCCGGGGAACGCACGCGCUCGCGGGUUAAGGACCCUGGUCUGGUAGUGGCGAGAUUGAAGAUGGCGGCGGCCCAGGCGGUGGAAGAAAUGAGGAGCCGCGUGGUGCUAGGAGAGUUCGGGGUUCGAAAUGUUCACACGACCGACUUUCCCGGUAACUAUUCUGGUUACGAUGAUGCGUGGGACCAGGACCGCUUCGAGAAGAAUUUUCGAGUGGAUGUGGUCCACAUGGAUGAAAACUCAUUGGAAUUUGACAUGGUGGGAAUCGAUGCAGCCAUUGCCAAUGCUUUUCGACGGAUUCUGCUAGCUGAGGUGCCAACUAUGGCUGUGGAAAAAGUCUUGGUAUACAACAACACCUCCAUUGUCCAAGAUGAGAUCCUUGCUCAUCGCCUGGGGCUCAUUCCCAUUCAUGCUGACCCCCGUCUUUUUGAAUAUCGGAACCAAGAGGAUGAAGAAGGCACAGAGAUUGAUACUCUGCAGUUCCGGCUACAAGUCAGGUGCACUCGGAAUCCCCAUGCUGCUAAAGACUCCUCUGACCCCAAUGAGCUCUAUGUGAACCACAAGGUGUACACCAGGCAUAUGACGUGGGUCCCUCUGGGGAACCAGGCUGACCUCUUCCCAGAGGGCACUAUCCGACCAGUGCAUGAUGACAUCCUCAUUGCUCAGCUGCGGCCUGGCCAAGAGAUUGAUCUGCUCAUGCAUUGUGUCAAGGGCAUUGGCAAAGAUCAUGCCAAGUUUUCACCAGUCGCAACAGCCAGCUACAGGCUUCUGCCUGACAUCACCCUGCUUGAGCCUGUGGAAGGGGAGGCAGCUGAGGAGUUGAGCCGGUGCUUCUCACCUGGUGUUAUUGAAGUGCAGGAAGUUCAAGGCAAAAAAGUAGCCAGAGUUGCCAAUCCCCGACUGGAUACCUUCAGCAGGGAAGUCUUCCGGAAUGAGAAGCUAAAGAAGGUUGUGCGCCUUGCCCGUGUUCGGGAUCAUUAUAUUUUCUCUGUUGAGUCAACGGGGGUGUUGCCACCAGAUGUGCUGGUGAGUGAAGCCAUCAAAGUACUGAUGGGGAAGUGUCGGCGGUUCUUGGAUGAACUAGACGCAGUUCAGAUGGACUGAGGUUUACCCCGGGGCUGCUGGGAGCCUGGGCUUGGGAACACAUGUGACGAGCUCACAUGGGUUCUGACCUACCCUCACGGGACUGCUUUAUGAGAGCCCAGUGUGACUGAGUCCUGCGUUUUCUAGGACAACUCCAGCUUUCCUUUCCAUCAGUACACUUUGUGAAACGUGCCACAAAGUGAGACUUCUGCCUUUGUAAGGCUUUCGAUGUAAAUAAAUCCAUGUCCAAACAG